AUGGUGAGUUCUUCUAACUUUUUUUGAAAAAAACCUGUAUUUACUUCUGGGAUUUUUAGUGUAAAUUCAACCAGUAAGAGUUUUUAGGGACAUUAGUUCUUCAACAAUAUUCCGUGUACUUCUCUCGGAAAAAAAAACACACAGCUGAAAAACUGCUACCGUAAUUUUUUUUUACAAAACUGGUUUUUUUCUAUUUAUGAAGUUUGGUCAUUCAUAAACUUUUGAAAUCUACUUGUCCGCGAGAAGUACACAAUCCAAUUUUCAGGCUGAGGAUAUCGAAGAGAUUCUUGCUGAAAUCGACGGAUCACAAAUCGAAGGUAACAAUAAUAAUCAUAUUUUCAAAUUUCAACUAGAAAAUCUUCAGAAUACCAAAAAUUCUUCGAUGCUUUCGAUCGCGGAAAGCAAGGUUACAUCAUGGCCACCCAAAUCGGUCAAAUUAUGCACGGUAUGGAACAAGAUUUCGAUGAGAAGGUAGGUACACAUAGGAUUUCCCCUGAGCUAUUGUGAAAAAAAAUCGAUUUGUUUAGACCCUUCGUAAAUUGGUCCGUAAAUUCGAUGCUGACGGUUCGGGAAAAUUGGAAUUCGACGAAUUCUGCGCCUUGGUUUACACCGUCGCCAACACUGUUGACAAGGAGACUUUGGAGAAGGAGUUGAGAGAGGCUUUCCGACUUUUCGAUAAGGAGGUGAGCAUUUUUUUAAAGAGCCUGGAAUAAUCAGCAACUCUAACUUCUAGGGAAACGGUUACAUCGCUCGUCCAACUCUCAAAGCUUUGCUCAAAGAAAUCGCCGACGAUUUGACCGAUCAACAACUCGAUGAAGCUGUAGAUGAAAUCGAUGAGGAUGGUUCGGGAAAAAUUGAAUUCGAAGAAUUCUGGGAACUUAUGGCUGGAGAAUCCGACUAA